GACAGCGAGGUUCUGGCCUGCAGGUGAGCAAUACGCGCAUGGUACAUGACGCUCGCUUACAGGCGGACGUGCAGCCGCGUACACUGGAACUGUUCCACUUCCUCGGCGUUCUUGACGACGUGCAGGUCAAUGCACUGUCUGUCAUGCCGAGGCGCGAAUACAAACUACCAGGAGGGACAGAGACGCUCAAAGUGGAGACGAUAGCUCCCAUCGAGGAUCCUACCCCCGCAACCCCUUACGUCAAUGCAAGUUUGCUUGGCCAGUACAAUACCGAGGCGAUUCUUCGUGCGCACAUCGAACGCCUUGGGGGCACUGUAGAGUACGGGACCGAGCUGCGUAGCUUUGAGCAGCAUCCAAACCACGUCGAAGCAACGCUUGUCACCAAAAAUGGCGAGAAAGAGAAGACCGAGACACUGACAUCCCACUGGCUGGUAGGCACGGAUGGUGCCCGAGGCAUUGUUCGCAAGCAACUGGGCCUGUCUUUCAUUGGAGAGACUCGUACGGACGGAGCUAUACACUUGCUCGGUCUGGUCGAAGUCCAGGGACUUGACGCAGAUCACUGGCACCAGUGGGCAGAAAUGCUUAAUGGCGGCCUUAUGUUAAUCCCCACAGAGAGGACCGGAUACUUCAGCUUCUUCCUCGGACGGGUGCAAGAUGUGGAAAAGCUGUUGGUGGACAGAGACGCACUUGUCGAGACCUUCCUCAAUCGGGUUGAGCGACAGGACUUGGUGUUCGGCAAAUUCGAGGCGGUCUCGCCAUACAGACCGAACAUUCGCAUGGUGGACAAGUUCGGCGAAGGCCGCGUCUUCGUCGCCGGAGAUGCGGCACAUGUUCACAGCCCAGCUGGUGGCCAGGGCUUGAACUCCAGUGUCCAAGAUGCGUUCAACCUCGCAUGGAAACUCACGCUCGUCGAGCAGGGCCUCGCCUCUCCCUCCCUGCUGGCCACCUACACCGAGGAGCGCCUUCCCGUCAUCGCUGCAAUGCUGCAGAAGAGUACGAAACUCUUCGAGGCCUUGCAGAAAGGUGACACAGAGCGCGCCUGGAAGCGUGGCGGCGACCUCAGGAUGCUGGGCGUGAACUACCGCUGGAGCUCCAUCGUCGUGGACGAGCGCACGCCCAAGGCGCAGUCGCCCGAGAGCGUCAAUCCCUAUGGCUCGGGCACCGACGGUGAUCUCAGAGCGGGCGACCAGGCCGACGAUCCGACGUCGCUCUUCAGCGUGUUCCGCCCUUCCCACCAUACAGCGCUUCUGUUCAAUAUACCUGCCGAGGAGAUGGAGCAAGUACUCAGAGUGGCGCAAAAGUAUCCGUCUGGCUCUGUCAAGACGGUGUCGAUUUACCCUCAGGGCACGUCGAACCCCACCGACAGGGACGGCCAUGCGUACGCAGGAUACCAAGUGUCCCCGGAGAAGCCGACGAUCGUGAUCGUGCGUCCGGAUGGGGUGGUCGGAGGGAUUUAUUUCAGAGGUGUCUUCGACGCCACGGGCGAUGCGCUCUAAGUAGUUCGCUCGGACAGAUAUUCACUGUCUAGACCAUGUGUACCAUUAGUAAGCAUAUCAUUAUACAUCCCAACUCCAUACUUCCAAGUCCAUAUGCA